AUGAUCUACCAGCUCUACAAACAACCUAACAUCCUCUACUGUAUGACUGACCUGGCGGACAUCUUCGCCGAGCUUGGUAUCUCUCACUACCUCCAGGAAUUUAUUGAGCAAGGUUUUGAUUCCUGGGACACGAUUCUUGAUAUAACCGAAUCCGACUUUGACGUGCUCGGUGUGAAGUUAGGGCAUAGACGAAAGAUCCAACGUCGCAUUGCUAAUACCCGAGGAGUAUCUUCAGAUACCGCCUUAGAUCCCCGGAACACUCCGCCUAUCGAAAGGUUUGUCGAAGAACUGCCGAGAAUACGUUCUGAAUCAAAGGAAGUAAUUUCAGCCCCAAGUGUGAAACGGAAAUAUCGACGUCAUCCCAAACCAGACGAGAACGCGCCUGAACGCCCUCCCUCGGCGUAUGUAAUAUUCUCUAAUAAGACUCGUGAGCAGCUCAAAGGGAAGAAUCUUUCAUUCACUGAGAUUGCGAAACUGGUUGGAGAAAAGUGGCAAAACCUCUCGCCAUGUGAGAAGGAACUUUAUGAAAAACAAGCCUUUACCGCUAAGGAGCGGUAUAACAACGAGCUCGCAGAGUAUAAAAAGACGAAUCGCUACCAGGAGUAUGCUCGAUACUUGUCCGAAUUUAAAGCACGCCAAUCCGGAUUGCGAUCAAGUGAAGUUGACGGCAAUAAACGACCAAAAAUCGACAAUAGUGCACUAAAGACCCCGUUGUCAAGUGGAUCUCCCAUGUUUCAAACAGAUGAACAGUCAAGUACGUAUGCAUGGUCCGAAUCGACAAAUUCAACGGUUCCGACAAGUUUAACUUCAAGUAUUCGUUCAUGGUCGCCUCAUCGAGACAUCAAGCAGCCCAUAAGUCAUCAGGAUAUGUCUCAUGUCGUGACAAAUACAGGAAACCCUAAUGGUGCGACCACUAGUUCUCCUACGGCAAAAACGCAACCCCUACCACCUGUCUAUCACGAGCCAAGUUUCAACGGCCGAAUAUCACCAUCAGGUUAUAUAUGGCGUGAGGUACAGAGUGAUGAAGGCGUACCAAUGGCUCACGCCUAUCCGCGAAUUUCUAGUACUGAUGGUUGCUGGUCUAAGACAGCCGAGCUUCUUGCGUCCUCUCGUCCUGCAUCCAUUCACUUAAACCAUGCGGCCCAGGUACAUCGACCAGCUCUUAUUGAGCAAGCGCAGAAAAAGAUAGAUUCGCCAACAUCAACAAAGCCAAAAAGCUCCAGUUCGCCUAUUUAUUUGAGUCACCGCGCACACAUAGAAUCUUCCUAUGAGCGACCUCUACCUAUAUUACCGCAUUACAGCCACAAGUCGGCUGAGCAAAUGGAAAGACAAUUACCUCCGUUAAUCCGACCUCCAUACUCCCCUGUUUCUAGUAUACACAGUCCCUCGAGUCAACAACAUUACACACCAGAUGGCUUACAUCGUACAAUUGAUUCCUAUCAAAAGCAACCUCUACCUGCACGCUGCUUGAAUGAUAAUCCAAACCAAAAUACUCGAGAUUAUAUGGCAAAAAGCAAACCCCCGGAACACCCACUUGACCCCGUAAGCGCUCUUAUACGAGCCGGCGAGUUGGUCGGCCAGAACAGUAAUGGUCGCUAA